AUGGAGGAGUGCGCUUACAUCUGUGGUGUGGGCUCUUCGCGGGGAUGUCGGUGUUGUCAGCAGCGCCAAGGCCCAGCUGAGACGGCAGCGGCCGAUGGCAAGCCUGCCCCGGCUCCAGCAGAAAAGCACGUCGAGGCGGAUGCGGCAGCGCAGUGCUGUGCGGGGAGUGGAGGAAUCGCGAGCCCCAUGUCGCCCCCGCCGCCCCUGCACUGCUCAUUGCAGGACCUGCCUCCCGAGCUGCUGGUGGAGAUCUUCGCCUCGCUCCCCGGCACCGACCUGCCCAGCCUGGCUCAGGCCUGCACCAAAUUCCACCACAUCCUGCACAUGGACAGCAUCUGGAGACGGCGCUGCCGCGAGGAGUUUGGCGUUUGUGAAAACUUACAGAACCUGGAGACGAUAGGUAUGUCUUAUCGAGAACUCUAUGCGAAGCUGCUCCACCCAUGCAGACACAUUUUGGGAUUGUGGCAGCUAGAUACUGAGUACUAUAGAACACUAGUGAAUGUCGUGGUGGACGGCUUAUGCAUUACUGGUUGGACGUACUGGUCUUGCCUUAACACCCAUGUGGAUCGCCCAAUGCAAUUCAAGCCCUCGUUCAGAAUUCGCCUGAUGGAGAGGAAACCAGCCACGGUGGAGUGCAUGGAAGGCCGCAUUAGCAGGCCCCACAGCCGCCACGUGCAGAUUCAGAAGGACAGGUUCAGCAUCCAGUGCAAGAAGACAGACCACCAAAAGGAUUUACCAACGCAGCUUAGGGAAGCAUGGGGGCUGGUGCUGGUGCAGGAGGACAGACAGCAGUAUGACUGCCUGACCUACCGCCGCCUCUACCUCCCACCCAGCCACCCGGACGACCUCAUCAGGCCAGGCCUCUUCCAAGGCAAAUACGAUGGCUAUGGCCUAACGAUUGCCAUGCUCAGCUUCCAUGGGAAGUAUGCCAGGGUCACGAAGGUCACGGGAAACUGCAACCCAAGGUUAGAGAUCCACCUCAUGCACCGCAUCCAGCUGCGAGAUGGCGAGAUCUUCCGCAACUUCAACGAGCUCUUCCGCGUGGUCCAGGAGAUUGACGAGCAGGUGAUCCGGGAGCAGCUGCAGCAGCAAGAAGACGGGACUGAGGAAAGCGAGGGCCAUGGCUGGCAGAGCCCUGCCCAGCCCAGCGUCAGGGAGUACAGGGCUGCAGCUUUGGAGGAGCAGCCUGUUCCGUUUGUUCUGCCUGCGGGCGUGAGCUCAAGAGACCAGAACUACCCCCGAACCUGCAGGAUGUGUUUCUAUGGCUUGGACACUGUUACCUUAGAUGGCUUCUCCUACCCCAGGCGCUUCCCUGGAGUCUUCAUCCUGUUUGAUGAGAACCACUUGGGGUUCAUCUGGCUGGAGAUGAAACACUUCAUCCUGUACGGCAGAGUCCAGAACACCUUCCAGAAUGUGGAGGAGGCACCAUCCCUGCAGGCCUUCCUGGAGAUGCUCUAG